AUGGCCACCGAUUUGGCAACAAUUAUAAUGUCUAGCGGCUCGACUGGCCGACCAAAAUUCAUUCAAUGGACAAACAGACAAUGGUUGGCACUGAUGGCUAUGAAACAACAUCCCGAGGAUCAACCGCUAACUGCAACUGAUAUAGUAUUUUCGAGACUAUUUUGUCACAGUCUGGGCAUUAGGUCGCUAUUCUAUACGAUAGUUGGCGGCAGUAAUGGCGGCAACAAUAGUGGUAGUAAUGACGGCAGUAAUGGCGGCAGCAAUGGCGGUAGUAAUGCCGGUAGUAAUGGCGGCAGCAAUGGCGGUAGUAAUGGCGGCAGCAAUGGCGACAUUAAUGACGAGAGCAAUGGCGGCAGUAAUGGCGGAAACAAUGGUGGCAGUAAUAACGGCAGUAAUAGCGGCAGUAAUGCCUGGAAUAAUGUCGGCAACAAUAGUGGCAGUAAUGACGGCAGUAAUGGCGGCAGCAAUGGCGGUAGAAAUGGCGGCAGCAAUGGCGACAUUAAUGACGAGAGCAAUGGCGGCAGUAAUGGCGGAAACAAUAGUGGCAGUAAUGGCGGCAAUAAUGUCGGCAAUAAUGUCGGCACUAAUGCCUGCAGUAAUGUCGGCAACAAUAGUGGCAGUAAUGACGGCAGUAAUAGCGGCAGUAAUGACGGCAGUAAUAGCGGCAGUAAUGGCGGCAGUAAUGGCGGCAAUAAUGGCGGCACACAGUUAAUAAUCCAGAACAGUCAGUGCUGUUCAUAUGAUAGGCUAUUUGAGACAAUUCGUGACUAUAAGGUUACGAUAUUUUUUGCUGUACCCCAGGAUUUAAUAUUUUUGGCGAAAAAUUCACAUAAAUAUGAUAAACAAUAUUUAAAAUCGUUGACAAUGUUGACAGUCGGUGGCGGUUCAAUUAGUCAAGAAAUUUUCGAUACCAUUAGACAAUUGUAUUCAAUUGAUAAUUUUAGACGAUCUUACGGUAUAUCAGAGUGCGGUACAGUAUUUACUGUUCCGCUCAGUCAGCAAAUCAGUAUCAAUCGGACACAGAGUAUUGGUUGCGUAACACCGGGAAUGGAGGUCAAGAUUAUCGACAAUCGGGKCAAUAGUUUGCCGGCCAAUCAAACGGGACAGAUAUGCGUACGCGGACCGACUUUAAUACCCGGCUAUUUUGGUAAUACCAGUGCUACCAAUCAAUUGUUUACUAGCGAUGGUUUCCUAUUGACUGGCGAUUUGGGAUAUUAUGAUCAAAACCAAUACUUUUAUUUUGUCGACCGUUUGAAAGAUAUUAUCAAUUGUGGAGGAAUCAAUUUGUCGCCAAAACAACUUGAAAAUCAACUAUUAUCUCAUCCAUUGGUCGAAAUGGCGGCCGUUAUUGGCAUCGAUGACAAACACUACGGACAGAUACCACUGGGUUUUGUAACACUUAUAGCCAACAACACCGAUACCGAUACCACUGACCACACUAUGGAUGAUCGGUUGGCUAAGGAACGGGAUAUACAACAGUAUGUCAACGAAAUGAUUAUCAACCCUUAUAUACAGCUUAAAGGUGUGGUAAAAAUUUUGGACAAAAUGCCCAUGACCAGUUUUGGUAAAAUUAACAAGAUGAAAUUAAAAACGAUUUAUCAGCAACAAUUAAUUUCAAGUUUAUAA